AAAUCAAAUUCACCUCCCACCAUUCUCUGUUCCUAUCGUGUCUGAUUUCUACUCUUCCUCCAAUUGGCUGCGCCUCCUGUCAUUUUCCUUUCUGUCUCCACUUUCUACCUUUCGUCUCGAGUUUUUGCGUCGGAGGUCGCAGAAUUCUCUUCUCGAUCUGUCCGCCUCCGGUCUGAGAGAGAAGAGAGGGAAUGGCGCAUCGAGUAGAUCAUGAGUACGAUUACCUGUUCAAGAUAGUCUUGAUCGGCGACUCUGGAGUUGGCAAAUCCAAUAUUCUUUCAAGGUUCACCAGAAAUGAGUUCUGCUUGGAGUCUAAGUCCACAAUCGGCGUCGAGUUCGCUACCAGAACUCUUCAGGUAGAGGGGAAGACAGUUAAGGCACAGAUUUGGGAUACAGCUGGCCAAGAAAGAUACCGUGCUAUCACCAGUGCUUACUAUAGAGGGGCUGUUGGUGCCCUCCUUGUCUAUGACAUUACUAAGAGGCAGACCUUUGACAAUGUCCAAAGAUGGCUUCGUGAAUUGAGGGACCAUGCCGAUUCUAACAUUGUCAUAAUGAUGGCUGGAAAUAAAUCUGACUUGAAUCAUCUCAGAGCUGUUCCAGAGAAUGAUGGUCAAGCCCUGGCUGAGCGAGAAGGUCUUUCAUUUCUCGAGACAUCAGCACUGGAAGCAACUAACGUAGAGAAGGCAUUCCAGACCAUAUUGAAUGAGAUCUACCAUAUCAUAAGCAAAAAAGCAUUGGCAGCACAGGAAGCAGCUGCUACUACCACACUUCCUGGCCAAGGCACAACAAUCAACGUUGCUGAUGGUUCCGGGAACGUAAAGAAAGGAUGCUGUUCUACUUAAGGUGAUAGAUUAUGCUUCAAGAAGGAAACAUAUUUGCUAGCAAGUGGGCCUUUCUUUUAUUUCUCUUUGUCUUUUAUUUUUUUCUUUUUACCUGUUUCAAUUUUCUUUUCUUGAGAGAGAGACAAUGUAGUAUACUUUUUUUCUUUACUUCAUUGAGUUGUGACAACAAAAGCUUAUGACAUUAUCAAGGUUCAAUGACUGGUAUUUUUACCUCCAU